AUGUUCUUCAUUACGCCUCAAAAAGAACACCUUGUCUACGCGAGCGAGACCGGGCACGAGCACGGCCCAUCGAAGAAGCGAAGGCACCAACACUAUCAGCCGGAGCCGCCAUCAACCCAAGAUGUGGCCAGCGGAUACUAUCCACGACGUAUUCCGAAGGCUUGUGAUCGAUGUCGACUGAAAAAGGUGAAAUGCAGUGGGGGCAAAUUGUGCAAACGAUGCGAGUUAGAUGGCGUGGUCUGCAUCACGACCUUGAACUCGGAGGUAGAGCAAGGUCCGGUAGAAGCGCGACAGUACCAUCUCGUCGAGUCUCAGCGUGACCGCCUCCUGCAGAUCAUCUCGGAAAUUCUUCACGGCAAGGAUGAAAUUGAGGUCGCGAGAUUGCGUGAAUUGCUUAGCAACAUGGGUUUGUCACUGAAGAAUCUCCCACUCAGCUCGACGACGACCAAUGCCACCACUCAACCCGUUGUCUUGGCCCCGGCGGCGCUCGACCAGAUUUCCGGCCCUGCGUGGCUCGGACUCUGGGACCAGCUUCAAGACAACGAGCCACUCGGCCAGUGCUCCGAUUUUAGCAACUCGUAUCCCGCAACGCAGCCAGGGCGCUCAGCGGUCGCAGAUGUACCAUUUGACUCGGAAGCACUGCCGGAGACAAACACAUUCAAUUUCGAUGAACUCGUUGAGUGGGAUUCGGUCCUUCUCCUGGACUCCGCAGCAAAUCAACCAUGA